AUGCGCGGCCGCGCAACGCAGGAUGCCAGUGGCCCUGCUGGUCGGCCAGGCUCUCGCUCGACCAGCAGGCUGCGCACUGGGAGCACUUCAGGCCUCCCCCGACCAAGUCUGUCACUUCGUGAUUCAAGAAUAGGAUCGUUUCGUGCCACCCAACCCACCCAUAACGUUCUUACUGGAGAGCAAAACACAAGCAGACCUUCCUCCAGACAGAGCAAUGCCGCCCCAUCGCUUCGAGGCUCAGUCGAGAAUUUAAAGGAAAAUAUCGUGCCACCUGACUCUGAUGCAUCCGAAAAGUACCGAAAAGAAAUCGAGGCCCUCAAGGCCGAGAUUGGCACCUUGCAGUACCGCUUGCAGACUGCCGAGCAGGAGAAAGACAUUGCCCUAUCUCAACAGAACAACAAGAUGGAGCAAGCCCGUCGGCGCGAACAGGAAGAAGCUCAGCAGCGUCAAUCAGCUGAAUCGGAAAAGGCCAAGACAGACAGCAAGAUAGAGUCAAUCCGAAACGAAAUGGGGGAGCUAAAAGAAGCUGCGGAAAACGAGAAACGAUCACUCGAGUCCAAACUUCGGGCCGCCGAGGACGAAACUCGGCUUUUGCAGGAGCAGCUAGAGGACUUGACCAGCGCAAAAGACGAAGCAGCGAGAAGGGCGGACAAGAGGGCCAACGAUCUUCAGAUGCAGAUUGCGGCGGCAAACAGCUCACUACAGGACAUGCAGCAGGAGACGGAAGCGCAUGAGACAACAUUACGGCAGUAUCAAGAACAGAUUCUGGAAAAAGAUACGUUGAUAGGCAAUCUGGAGGCAGACGUGCUGCGGCUCAAGGCCCAAAGCGGUGAUGCGGAGACGAUGGACAUAAUCAAGAGGGAGCUGUCAGAGCAGGUUUCACACAUUCGUGCUCUGGAGGCUUCGAACCGCGAACAGCUUACGGAGCUGAAACGGCUUCGAGCUGUAAAUAAAGCUGUUGAGAUUGUCGAGGAGGAAAAGAGGUCUUUGGUGAGAAAAGUCGAGGCCGCAGAGAGGCUGGAGGCGGAGCUGGCAGAGGCCAGGAUACAACGGCAGAGGCUAGAGGAUGAACGCCUAUCAUGGUCGGCUUACCUCGAGAAUAUGUCGGAAACAGGCCAGGCCGAGUUCGAUUCACCAGAACAGAUUGCGAGGGCACUUGUACAGGAGCGGCUAACUAGUGCCUCUUAUGUCGAGCAGCUGGGAGCCGUUCGUGCCGAGGUCGCAGCUCAGCAAAGCCAAAUCCAGGCCUUGGAAGAAGAAAGAGCGCAAUUGAGGAGCCAAACCGAAAAUGCCACGACGUCUGCCCAGGCUGCUAGUAACGACAAGGUCCGCAUGCGUCUUGAUCGGCAGCGUGCUUUGGCUCUGAAGGAAGUUGAAUACUUGCGCGCACAGCUUAAAGCGUUUGAUACGGAGGAGCAAACCUUACAGCCCGAACAAUUCGAUGGAACCCGCGUGGCACGCAUCCAAGAACUGGAGGACAUGGUGGACAACUACAAGAUGGAGGUUCAGCGGUUGCACGACGAACUCUCGUCAAUGGAUCCGUCAUCAUCCCAGCAACAAUCAUCGCCCUUGUUACUCGCUGGAAGCAAACGAAGUUGGGCUGAAGACGAUGUCGCCCAGGAGCAGAUGGGCCAGCUUACGCGUAAGAACCGCAAGCUCCAAGAAGACUUGGCGAGCAUGCAGACGCAGGUCGCCAUGCUCGAAAAGGAUCUCUCUACGACGCGCGAGCAGCUUUCUGCCGCCAAAGAACAGACCAAAACGCGGAUAUUAUCGCUGAGAUCCAACCCCACGUCGGACUAUGAGGCGAUCAAGCGGGCCACUCUUGAGGCCCUACAAAAGGAGAACAAGGAGCUAUUGGCGACAUUGCGGUCAAAGGAGACGAGUCCUUCGAUUCCACUGAUUCCGACAUCAGUUCUGAGCGCUAUGGAGCGAGAAAUCGCAGCAGCAAAAGCCGAAACCGCAAGCGCCCAGAAAUCAGCGCGCCGCCUCAAGGAAGUCUGGGGCUCCAAGUCGCAAGAGUUCAAGGAGGCCAUCUUCUCGACGCUGGGGUGGACCGUCACCUUCAUCCCCAACGGCAAGAUGCGCGUCGAGAGCACCUUUUACCCGUCGCAGACGGACGAGCACGAGAACUCGAUUGUGUUUGACGGCGAGCGGGGCACGAUGAAGGUGGGCGGCGGGCCCAAGAGCGCUUUUGCGCAAAAGAUUGGCGACCAUAUUGGCUUUUGGGUCAGGGAGAAGGGGUGUAUACCGGGCUUUUUGGCGGCGCUGACGUUGGAGUUUUAUGAGGAACAUGCGAGGGCGGCUACGGGAGAGUGA